CGAGAUUGGCAGCGGCGGGGCCGCAUGUGCCCCCGCGCUGGCUUUGUACGCGGAGCCGCCUGCCGGUCCUUUAACAAUGGGCGGCGCGAGCGCCCCGGCGCUGGGCCCGAGCUGAGGCCGGCGCUUCGCGGCCGACUGUCCGCAGCAUGAGCGGGGCCGGCGUCCCCCGCACGCUGGCGGGGCUGGGCCUGUGAGGGCCGCGGUUCCGGACUGAAGUUGCCGCGUCUGGCCAGGCGCGCCGCCCGGUCCCAUGGAGCUGGAGGGUCAGUGGUGGCGGGGACAGCUGGCUGCAGAUAUCCAUCAAGCUCUUCGAUACAAGGAGCUGAAGUUACCUUCCUACAAAGGCCAGUCCCCUCAACUAAGUCUUAGAAGGUAUUUUGCUGACUUGAUUGCCAUUGUGAGCAAUCGUUUCACCCUCUGCCCUUCUGCCCGACAUCUUGCUGUCUAUUUGCUGGACCUGUUUAUGGAUCGGUAUGACAUCUCUAUCCAGCAGCUGCAUUUAGUUGCACUUUCCUGUCUGCUUCUAGCAAGUAAAUUUGAAGAAAAAGAAGAUAGUGUGCCUAAGCUGGAGCAGCUCAACAGCCUGGGUUGUAUGACUAAUAUGAAUCUAGUAUUAACAAAACAAAAUUUGCUACAUAUGGAACUAUUAUUAUUAGAAACCUUUCAGUGGAACCUCUGCCUUCCAACAGCUGCCCAUUUCAUUGAGUAUUAUCUCUCCGAAGCUGUGCAUGAAACCGAUCUUCAUGACGGCUGGCCAAUGAUUUGCUUGGAAAAAACUAAACUCUACAUGGCCAAGUAUGCAGAUUACUUCCUGGAAGUAUCUUUGCAAGAUUAUGCCUUUCUAAAUUAUGCACCUUCUUUAGUAGCUGCAGCAUGUGUGGCUUCUUCAAGGAUUAUACUUCGUCUUUCUCCAACGUGGCCUACAAGACUGCAUCGUCUUACUGCUUACUCCUGGGAUUUCUUAGUUCAGUGCAUUGAACGGCUAUUGAUCGCUCAUGACAAUGAUGUGAAAGAAGCAAACAAACAGAGAGGACAGGCAGGACCUCAGCCAGCACAACUAAGUGUGUUCCAGACAGCCUCCCAGCCCUCUCGGGCAGUUCACUUUCAGCAGCCUCAGUAUCUCCAUCAGACGCAUCAGACCUCGCUGCAGUAUCGCCAUCCUGUAUCGGAACAACCAAGCUGUCAGCAGAUUGUAUCUACCACACACACCUCAUCUUACACACUACCGACAUGUCCUGCUGGCUUCCAAACUAGUGUUCAGGGCCUUGGGCACGUGCAGACUGGUGUUGGGAUGUCACUGGCAAUACCAGUAGAAGUUAAGCCCUGUCUUAAUGUUUCUUAUAACCGGAGUUACCAGAUAAAUGAACAUUACCCUUGCAUUACUCCAUGCUUUGAAAGGUGAUUUUAUGAGAAGGUAGCACUUGAAUAGAAGGGAAACUGCAUGGCAGGUAUGUAACUGCCACAAUAUGCAUUGAAGACAAACUUAUUAUAAAGAUGUUGUGGGUAUGCAGCAGGAGUCUCAGUAAUCAAGCCAAUGGCUUUUGUUAGGAAGGGAAGGGACUCAACACAGCAGCGGAUCGAUCCAGAUGGCUCCAGUAGAUGAAUGUGGGUGGGUGGCUUCUGUCAGCAUGAAUUCUUAGAGAAUAUCCUUUCCUUUAAAGAAAGGUAACUUUUAGAGUACAUAAGUACAUAGGGCAUGAUGUGGAGUUAUUAGUCUGGUAGAUAAAAUGAAAAACCACUCAGGUAAGAACACUCACUCAUGGCAGUUUUCAAGCAUGAAAAUUGUUUUCUGAAAGUAUCACCACUUUCUCUUUACAGAAGGCUGCUAAUUGGAUUUUGGUAGUUCUUACCUCAACAGAACUUGAAUUAUUUGGGGGAAGGUGGGUUCAAAAGAGAAUAUAUCAUUCACAUUCAGAACCUAGCAACCUGGACCAAUUUUCAGUAUUUUAACUACCUCAAUAAUACUAUGAAUGUAAGAUACUGGGAUAGAGAUCCCAACUUGAAACAACAACUGGUGCCUAUGGUAAUUUAAUGUCUUGUCAAAUGCUUUUACUGACUGGUUUAAAUGUCAUUCUUGUUAUAGAAUAUGCCUUUUUAAAAAUCCUAUAAUAACACUUUCCCAGUUUAUAUUUAAAAAAGCUAAAGAACACUGGAUUAAUUUGGGGGGGGCGGUGUAGAGUAAAAUAAAUAAUUGGUUCCUGUCGCUGCAUACCCAGGG